UGAUUUUUUUUCCCGUUUCGUUUCGAUUGAAUGUUUGAAAACAAAUUGAAAUAUUCGAAUCAACAAUAUGUCUUCAAAUCAACAACAGGCAAAUAUUAAUGCCGAUAAUAAUAAUAGCCAGAAUGUAUCAGGUAAAUCUAAAGGAAAACAAAAGAAAAAAGGUGAAAAAUUGGAUGUUGAUUUGUUUUUUGCAAAUACAACACCAAAUUGGGCAUCAAUGAUGGAAGAUGAUUCUGAAAAUGAAAUUAUUGUACCAAGUCAAUAUAAUCUUCCUGAAGCACCAAAAGCAUUAGUAAAUGAAAUUGAUCCAACACAAAUACCAACAGUACCACCAUUUAAAGUACAUUUACGUAAUUUACAUUAUGAAUUGGAAAAAGAAGAUUUAGAAGGUCUUUUUCGUAAUCUUACCAUUAUCGAUAUUCAAAUGAUCAAAGAUCGUACCAUACGUACAGCAUGGAUUGAAUUUGAAACCAAACAAGAUCUUGUUCAAGCAUUAGAAUUUAAUAAUCGUUCAAUUCGUGGUCGUAAUAUUUCAAUGUCAUUAGAUCGUGGUGGUGGUGGAAGUGGUGAUCGUUAUGGCGAUCGUCGCGGCCGUGGUGGAUUUGGUGGCCGAGAUAAUACAUCAAGUGAUUGGCGUUCACGAGAUACAAUGCCACCGAAACAAGUAUAUCCACCACCAUCAGUUGAUUCAUAUGAUCAUGCACCUAGAACCGGAGGUUAUAGUGGUGGUGGCGGUGGCGGUAAUCGUGGCCCAAGACGUUAUGGUGAUGAUGAUUAUGCACCACCAUCAUCACAUCGUAAUGAUUAUGGUGGCGGCGGAUAUGAUGAUAGAGGAGGUGAUGAUCGUUCCGGUUAUGAUGAUCGUUAUGGUCGUCGUAAUGAUUAUGGACAUCGCCGUGGUAAUGAUUCUGGUGGUAAUAUGGGCGGUGGCAGCGGCGGAGGUUCAAAUUGGAGAAGAAAUGAAAAUCGUGUUGCGCAACAACCAGAAGAGCCAAGUAAUUGGCGAAGAGAUGUUCCACCACCGAUGCAUCAACAACAAGAUCAUUCAUCAUAUGAACAACCACGUGGUGGUGGUCGACCAUUACGUUAUGAUGAUAAUAAUGUAUCAUCUCGUGCAAUGUUACCGCCACGUAUGGCAUCUGAUCAUCAUCAACAACAACAACAACAAUCAUCUUAUCGUAAUGAUGAAACAUCUGGUUAUAAUGAUGAUUUAUAUGAACCAUCACCACCAUCAGUACGUAAUAGCAAUCAAUCAAUAGAUCCGGAUAUGCAGCAAUCAUCAUCAAGACCAUUAAGAAAUGAAAAUACUACCAACACUACAUAUGAAAAUCGACGACCGAUAAAUGAACAAUAUUAUCAAUCAAGUGAUCAAUUUCGAUCCGGUAAUCGUAAUCCACCAUUAAUGGAUCAUCCAGGACGUGAACGUCUUUCAUCGACACGUUCGAAUGUAUCAAAUGUUGAUCAACAUUCGACUGAUGAUUAUAGUAGUAGUGGUGGUGGUGGUGGUAAUGUUCCAGCAACAACUGCCGCUCCAAAAGAACGUCGUCCAUUUAUCAAUUCAUCAGUGUUGGAUGCAUUGAAAAAACAGGCAGCCGAAACGGCACAACCUGCAAAAGUUUCAAAUUAUAGUUCAAUAUUUGGUGAAGCAAAACCGGUCGAUACGACGGAAAAAGAAUUGGAAAUUGAGAAAAAACUUCUUAGUUCGAAACAAGAAGCAGUCGCUGCAGUAUCAGCAACUACGAAUGAAGAAUCAAAUAAGUCAAACACUGAACAACCACAAGACUCGACAAAUGAUAAUGGUGGCGAUGUAUCAGUGCCACCAGCUAGUAAUGUUUCUGUUCCAUCAGCUACAACAAAUGAUCGACCUAAUCGUAUUGAGCAUCGAGAUUAUCAAAAUCGAGAUCAUCGUAGCAGUGAUCAAGAUUCAAUUCCACCGAGACGUCGUGCCAAUGGUGGCAUUGGUUCGAAUCGAAUGGGUGGUGGUGGUGGCGGUGGAAUGCGAAGAGAUUAUGAUGACCGAAAUAAUGGUGCCUUAAGUGAUAGACGUAUGGGUGGUGGUGGAGGUGGUAAUAUGCGUGCUCCAAGAGGUGAUUAUGAUCGCAUGGGCAGUGGUGGUGGUGGUAAUAAUGCACCACGUAUGCGAAGAGAUGGGCCACGUGGAGAUAGUUAUAUAAAUAAUAGCAGUGGUGGUGGUGGUGGAUAUAAUGAUCGUCGUAGAUUUGGUGAUCGUGAUCGUAUUGGUGGACGUCGAGGUUAUGGUGAUGAUAAUGUUGUUGCACCACGCUAUCAAGAUCGUGGACCACGUAUUGGCAGCGGUGGUGGUGGUGGUUAUGAUAAUAAUCGUAAUCGUUAUAAUAGUGGCGGUAGUGAUUAUCUUGAAUGGUCUAAAGAUGAUAGAGAUUCAGAUUCCAAACAGAGCUUUCAGCAAACAAACAGAAUCACUCAAAUAAGCUAUGCAUCAACGAACAAAUUUGAACAUCUUGGUGAAACCGAUGAUCAUGGAUCGGAAUGAAUGUUUUUUUUUUGGAGAAAAUUUUGAUUUGUGUUGUUGUUUGCUGUCGCCCCUCAUUUAGUAAAAAAAAGAAAAGAAAAUUAUUUUUUAUUUACAUCAACAAAAACAAAAUU